UGACGUUAAAGACGACGUCAUGACGUCAUUUAGACGUGAGAGCGGACUAUUAGUAAAGAUGGAAGUGGAGAGCUGCCGUUCCCCCAGUGUCCUGUUGGUGGAGCCCUUUUACGGUGGCUCUCACAAACAGCUGAUAGACUUGUUGAAGGACAACAUCGAUGACUGCUGUGUCUUCUCACUGCCUGCCAAGAAGUGGCACUGGAGAGCACGAACAUCUGCACUCUACUUCAGCCAGAACAUCCCUAAAUGUUCCACAUACAGAGUUCUUUUCAGCAGCUCAGUUUUGAACCUGUGUGAGCUGGUGGCCCUCAGACCCGAUCUGGCCCACCUGAAAAAGGUCUUGUACUUCCAUGAAAACCAGCUGUUUUACCCAGUCCGCAAAAAUCAGGAGAGAGAUUUUCAGUACGGGUACAACCAGGUGUUGUCCUGUCUGGUCUCAGAUGUGGUGGUGUUUAAUUCACGCUUCAACAUGGACUCCUUCCUGUCCUCGAUCUCCACCCACAUGAAGAAGAUUCCAGACCACAGACCCAAAGGCUUGGAGCAACUGAUUCGACCCAAGUGUGUGGUGCUGAACUUCCCUCUGCUGCUGCCUGAUGUCAGCAGCCUGUUACCAAAACACAAACAGCGGUGUAGGUGUGGACAUACCAGUGCGCAGACCGGUGGACAGACCAUUGGACAUACCAGUGCGCAUACCGAUGAGCAGACCGGUGGACAGACCACUGGGCAGAUGCCUCUCUCUUUAAAGUCACACAGCAGUGACUCUCCACAACACUUCACAUCUGGACCAGGGCCAGGGCUGGAACCAGGGGCAGAUCCAGAUCUAGGAUCAGAGGAGCAGAGACCUCUUUACAUUGUUUGGCCUCACAGAUGGGAACAUGAUAAAGACCCUGAGCUCUUCUUCUCAGUGCUGUUCAGACUAAAGGAAAGUGGACUGAGGUUCAACGUGUCGGUGCUUGGAGAGACAUUCACUGAUGUACCAGAAAUCUUCACAGAGGCCCAACGUGUUCUCUCAGACCAAAUCCUAGUCUGGGGUUUUCAGCCCAGGAAAGAAGACUAUCUCAAAGUGCUGUGUGACGCAGAUGUCGUGGUUUCAACAGCCAAACACGAGUUCUUUGGGGUUGCAAUGUUGGAGGCGGUUUAUUGUGGAUGUUUCCCUCUGUGUCCCAACUCACUGGUUUAUCCUGAAAUAUUCCCAGCUCAUUAUCUGUACUCGACACCAGCCCAGCUCUACAAACGUCUCCAGGAGUUCUGCAGAAGACCUGAUGUGGUCCGCAGACAUGUUGUCCAGGUGGACCCCGCCUCCUUUUCCUGGACUCAACUGAAGGAUCAGUUCCAGUCUCUGCUAAUGGACUCUGAACACUGAACGCCCAACUGAGCGUGUGUAGUGGUCUGGAGGACGAUUUUACAGGAGAUAAAUGAUUGGCUCAGGAUCCAUCAGAUCCAAAUGACAAUCGGAACAUGAGACUGAACCUCAUGUGUUUUAGUGAAGAUGCACUAUGGGUCUGGAUCCAUGUGACUUAAACUGUUUUACAACCAUUUUCAUGUUUGAAUAAACAAAUGAAGUCAA